CUGGAUAUGUCCGGAUACCCUGGUGCGAGCUAUAACGCUGGUGGAUACGCACCCCCUCCACAGCAGCAGCAACAAUACGGAUACUACCCGUACGCACCACCGGCCAUCCACUGCUCUGGAUUGGGAGGCUGACGUUGUUGUUGCUAUAAUGAAGGCCACAAAACUACGGCUACCCGCAGCCCCCUCCACCCCAAGGCCCUGGAUAUGGCUACCAACAACCACCACCGGGCCCGGCCUAUGGCUACCCCCAGCCACCGCCCAACCAGGGAUAUCGUCCCCCGCCGGCUGCCCCUAAUAACUAUGUGAGACCUACCAUGCCCACGGUGAAUUCGAACUCGUACGUCCACGGAAAUCAUAGCGCCCCGCCGCCCCCGCCCCAGGCAACCCAGCAUUACGGACACGGAUCAUACGGCCUUGCCUUCCAGUACUCGCAAUGCACGGGGCGCCGGAAAGCCUUGCUGAUCGGCAUCAACUACUUCAACCAGCGCGGCCAGCUCAGGGGGUGUAUUAACGACGUCCGGAACAUGUCGGCAUACCUCGUCGAGAAUUUUGGCUACAAGCGCGAGGAUAUGGUCAUCCUCACGGAUGACCAGCAGAACCCCAUGAGCCAGCCGACGAAGCAAAAUAUAUUGAGGGCCAUGCACUGGCUCGUCAAGGACGCUCAUGCAAACGACUCGCUCUUCUUCCACUACUCAGGUCACGGCGGGCAAACAAAGGACCUCGAUGGCGACGAAGAAGACGGCUACGACGAGGUCAUCUACCCCGUCGACUUCCGGCAAAAUGGGCACAUCACCGACGACGAGAUGCACCGCAUCAUGGUACGCCCGCUGCAGGCAGGCGUGCGCCUCACCGCCAUCUUCGACUCGUGCCACUCGGGCACGGCCCUCGACCUGCCCUACAUCUACUCCACCCAGGGUAUCCUCAAGGAGCCGAAUCUCGCCAAGGAGGCCGGCCAGGGUCUGCUCGGCGCCGUGUCGGCGUACACCCGCGGCGAUUUGGGCGGCGUGGCCAACAAUAUCGUGGGCUUCUUCAAGAAGGCUAGCAGUAGCGAGGAUGCCUACGCCAGGUCCAUGGCCGUCAAGACGUCGCCGGCGGAUGUCAUUAUGUUCUCUGGGAGCAAGGAUGAUCAAACCUCAGCCGACGCGACCAUCGCUUCCCAGGCAACGGGCGCCAUGUCCUGGGCCUUCAUCACGGCCCUCAAGAAGAACCCGCAGCAGAGCUACGUCCAGCUGCUCAACAGCAUCCGCGACGAGCUGCAGACCCGCUACACCCAGAAGCCACAGCUCUCGUGUAGCCACCCUCUCGGCGGCUUUCAUGGGCGAGCAGAUACCAAUCUUCUGUUUGUGAUGUGAAAGUGUACAUACGUUAACAGAUUGCCUUUUUUGGUUGAUCUAUUUUGCGCAACUGAUCGUGUUGAC